AUGCUUAGCAAAAGCUUGGACACCGCUUCCGUGGUCCAGCUCAACAUCAUCCAGGGUCUGCUCGACGGCGGUGUCCAUCCACCAGUACGCCUCUCUCGUGAAAGUGUACCUGAAGACUAUGUGCCGAGGCUUACCUUUUCCUGCACCCCGCCCGACGACGUCCCACCUCACCCGCUGUCGCCACAUCCAGCAGAUCCUAUCACCUUGGAGGUGAUUCUUGGCGCUGAGAUUUCUAGCGGCCGCGUCGGUGUCGCCUAUCGGCUUGAAUCCGCACGUGCCCUAUCACUGGAUGGAUCGGUUGUUGACAUGCGAGUUCCACCGCUCGUAGUGAAGAUCGCAGGAGAGGGCUUUUCGGACACUCUCGCCCGGGAAGCGUGGUUUUACGAUGAUAUGAGACAUUGCCAGGGGUCUGUAGUUGCUCGCUGUUACGGCUUUUUCGAGGCACCGCUACCAGAGCCCGUCACACCGAUUCCAUGGACUGCGCAUCAAUCUCCUCACUCCUCUCACGGGUCGGGGAGCAAGUGCUCGGACAAGCCAUCGAACGAAACUUCGAUCAUUUUUUCGCCCGAGAACAAGAACAAGCGCCCCAUCCCGCGCGGAAAGGGAAGACAGCUUUCUAUCCUCCUUCUUGAAGACCUCGGCGAAGAGAAGUUGCCACUUGGCCCCGCAAUGACCAUAGAUCUACGUCAGGAGAUAUUGUCGUUGAUCGAUGAGCUCGACUAUGUCAGGAUCGUGCACGGCGACAUAAGACACAACCAUAUACGUCGCGCCCCAUCUCACUCGCCGAGUCUGUCUUCACCGUAUACGGGCCGCACGUACGAUUGGCGUCUCAUCGACUUCGACAGAGCCAUGAAGUGUGACGCCCCUACGGACUAUGUCAAUGCCCUAAAUAGCGACAUUGCACUCGGUCUCCUGGACGGCUUAGCAGAAGGAUAUGUCAUGGAACCUUGGGAACUCUUCUGA